AUGAGCUCUUCACUUACCAACCUGCACGAUGCUGUCGCCUCUCUGGAGCCUCAGAUGGGCUACAUCUGCAAGGUCAGCGGCACGACUGGACUGUCUUUAACCGUUAUUUCGGGAGGAAAAGAAGCAUACGCAAAACAUUUCGGCUUCCGGGACCUUGAGGCAAAGGAAGCGCCAGAUGGCGAUACUACGUACUUCAUCGGCUCUGUGACCAAGGGAAUGAUGGCAGUCCUCGUGGGAAUAUUGGUUGAAGAAGGGAAGCUCGGGUGGUCUACUCGCGGCGCCUCAAUAUUGCCCGAGCUCCAAGAUUCAUUCAACGGCCGUGGCUCCGAGAUCACCAUCGCUGAUCUCUUACCUCAUCGCACUGGAGUAGCGCGUAGUGACGCCCUCUGGAUUUCUCGCGCAGGGAAUCUCCUAUUCCCCAAGUCAGAGGGCCUACGGACCUGGGCUGCUCAACCUGUUGUUAGAGACUUCAGGUCCGGCUUUCUCUACAACAACUACGCCUACGACGUGGUCGGCCAGAUCAUUGAGAUGGCUGAGUAG